AUGGUGCAUUUGACGAAAGUACCUCAUCAUACUUUGAGGAAGAUCUCUACUUGUGGUGCCCUUGGUGUUGGGAGGUUUUAUUCCACACAAGUUCAGGAAAACACCGAAGAACAGCAAUUAAGCCAAAAGGAAUUAAGAGACAAGGCUAUUGCCGAUGCACUUGCAAAAGAUGAAGAGAUCACAGCUAAGAAUAAAUAUUUAAGGGAGUUGAAAAGUCAAACCAAAAACAUGAUUUCUGUUUUAAACAAAACCCCAUCUACUUUGAUAGAAAGCAGAUUACAGAAGCUUCAAGAAGACUUGAACAAAUUACCUCAAGAUAAGGUGAAGCAAUUGGACGAAGAAUUAGAAGAGUUCAUGAACACGCAAAUGCAAUUACCCAAAAAAGAGGUUUUCAAUAGACCAUGGGCUAAGCAGGCUUCUCAAACCAGUGAUUUGGGAUUAUCUCAAAAGCUUAACUCAACCACCUCAAUGUCAUACACAAAUAAAUUUCCAAACUUAGUGCCUACUGCAGACCACAAGCCUUUCUCUGAUCAAGAGUUAUACUUGAGACAUUUGGCACACUCAAGGUUGUCCGGUAACUUGGGGUCCAAACUUGCCGAUAUUUAUAGGCCAAGAGAUGAUGUCAAAAAUCCAAAAGAUUUAAAGGACACCUCUAUCUCGACAUUAUUGGCUGCCGGGUGUCACUUGGGACAUUCGAAAGCGAUGUGGAGACCAAGUACCCAACCCUUUCUUUAUGGAGAGUACGAUGGAAUACAUUUGAUUGACUUAAACGAGACCAUAGCUGCUCUUAAAAGAGCAUGCAAGGUUAUUAAAGGAGUCUCUAAGAAGGGUGGUGUUAUUUUGUACGUUGGUACUUCCAAACAUUGGGCUCAACAAAGAGCUUUAGAAGAAGCAGCCACUAGAUCCAAGGGUUACUACAUUGACAAGAGAUGGAUUCCUGGUGUUAUUACUAACUACAUCGAAGUUACCAGACAGAUAAAGGGAGAGAGUAAAAUUGAAGUUGACAUGCACAAUAACCCAACGGACCGCAAGAUAGACAAUGAACUUCUAAUUAAGCCUGAUCUUAUUGUUAUCUUGAACCCUGUUGAGAACAGAACAUGUAUCAACGAAUGUAUAUUGCUGAGAGUGCCUACAAUUGGUUUGUGUGACACAGACAUGGAGCCAUCCUUAUUGACCUAUCCUAUUCCAUGCAAUGAUGAUUCUGUCAGAGCUACUUCUUUGAUACUUGGUGUUUUAUCAAAAGCGGCUGAAGCUGGCUUGGAGGAAAGAUUUGCUAACUUAGAAGAAUUGAAGUCAUCACAACGCAACUUCAGCACUUCUGCAAUUGCAUCAGCAAGAUCGUCUUCAGCAGCAUCUAGUUAA